GGCUGGCGGUGGCUCCCGCCGGGACCAGGCGGGUGCUGCGGGCACCCCGAGCGAGGGGUGCUGGGGUGGGGGGGGAUGGAGCCGGAGGGGGAGCGGGGCUGGGAGCCCCGGCCGGGCGCUCGGCCCAAAACGGUCCCACGGGGCCAGGAGAGACCGCCCCGGGGUUCAGCGGGGACGGGAGGACCGCGCGAGCCCGGCGCGGCCGUGGGCCCCUCUGCCCUGGCCCCUGGGGUCCCUGCGGGCACGUCCCCCGGCUGGGGAGCACCCACCACCCCACCGCCCUCUGUUCCCCAAAGGAGUCCCGGAGAGGAGCGGGAGGGCCCCGUGGCGGGCAGAGAGACGCGCCUGAGAGUGGUGCUGAGGGUGCGGCCACUGACCUGCAGGGAGGCGCGGCGAGGAGACCGGCCGGUUGUGCACAGCCUUGGCGACGGCACCGUCCACGUGAGCGCGGCCAGGCACGAUGCCACCUUCGGGUUCAGCGCCGUGUUCGACGCGGGAGCCUCGCAGGAGGCCGUGUUCGAGGGCAGCGGGAUGAGGCAGCUGGUGGAGCUGGCGAUAGACGGCUUCUCCUGCACCGUCUUUGCCUUCGGGCAGACCGGCUCAGGGAAGACCUACACCCUGAUGGGACCCCCCACCCAGAGCGAGACCCAGCCGGCGGCCCCAGGGAUGCUGGGGCUGAUGCAGAGGUCCUUCGCCUGCCUCCUGGAGCAGAGCCGGAGCCGCGGCUCUGACCUGGCUCUCAGUGCCUCCUACCUGGAGAUCUAUAACGAGCAGGUAAGCGCCUGCCUGGCUGCUCAGCCAGGCCCUGCUGGCACCCUAUGCCUCCGCUCCCCCACUGCCUCCCCUCCGCCGUACUCCCAGGUCCGGGACCUGCUGAGCCCGGGACCACCGUGCUCCCUGCCCCUGCGGUGGAGCAAAACCCGUGGCUUCUACGUGGAGAACCAGCUCAGUGUGGACUUUGAGAGCCUGGAGGCCAUCAGUGACCUGCUCCAGCAAGGAUCGCAGAGGCGACGGACCUCAGCGCACACCCUCAACAGGCACUCGAGCCGCAGCCACGCUCUUCUGACCAUCCACGUCUGCAGCCGGGCUCCCAGUGCCUGCCCCAGCAAGCAGGGCAUGCUGUGCUUCGUGGACCUGGCCGGCAGUGAGCGGGUGAAGGAGACCGGCUCCAGCGGGGAGCUCUCCGUGGAGGCCAACAACAUCAACCGCAGCCUCCUGGCACUGGGACACUGCAUCUCUCUGUUGGCCAAACCCCGAGGGAAGCGGAUGCAUAUCCCCUACCGGGACAGCAAGCUCACCCGCCUGCUGGCCCGCUCCCUGGGCGGCUCAGGCAUCACCCUCAUGGUCGCCUGCAUCUCCCCAUCCUCGCGCUGCCUCUCGGAGACACUGAGCACGCUGCACUACGCCAGCCGGGCCCGGAGGGUCACCACCAGGCCCCUGGUCAACAGGGUGUCCCGGGAAAAGCUGCUGCAAACCUUGGAGGAAGAAAUCCAUGCCCUGCAGCUGGAAAACCUCUCCCUGCGCCAGCAGCUGUGCCUGCCCAGGGUACCGAUGAGGAGCACAGAGGUCCCAGGGACCCCGCCAAGGGUGGGGGCAUGGCCGGGCUGGGGAGGCAGGUAUGGCCCCACAGGGCUGUGUCGCUCCCCUCUUGAAGGGCAGCUCCCAUCAGAGGGAGCCCCAGCCUGGCCCAGCCUCUACAGCCUCCUGCGGGACUUUGUGGUGGAGAAUGAGCAGCUGAGGCAGCCCUGGCUGUCCCCAGACCCCAGCGGUGACAUCCCAGCUGGCCCAUCCUGCAGAGCCACCUGCAGCUCCUGUCACGGCCAGCCACCACUCCAGAGUGCCCGCGCCCCCCGUGUGCCCCCUGGCCACCCCACCAGGCUCCGGCAGCCCGACGUGACACCCACCUCUGGCCCCCGGCUGCCGGUGAGCAUGGGGGGCCCUUGGCUCCGCGGGUGUCCUCAUGUGGGGCCGUGCCCACGGCAGGGUGAGGAUGCACAAACCACCCACCCGCUGCUACCCCCUCUUGCAGAAGCUGCCUCCUGCCUCUGGCCGCCCCAGCUGCCCAGGGUGCCCCCAGUGCUGCCCCGGGCUGGCCGAUGCCACCGUGCCCCAGGUACGGCCCUGGGGUUCUCACCAGAGGGGGGUGGCACAGCGUGGCACAGCAGCCUCACUGCUCUGCUCACCCCCAGGCGCUGCCAGGGCCCCCCGCACCGCAGCCGGUCCCCGCCGAGGGAAGCGCCGGCGUUCUGCCACCUGGCCAGGAGGACACGGCUCUGCCUGGCUCCCACCAGCUCCCCGGGCACCCCCAGCCACAGCAGGGGAAGCGGUGAGUGCCGGGGCUGGAGGCUGCCCCCCCCAGGCAUCAGCUGCAGCUCAGCUGGGCUUUCAGGGGGGUGGCGGGGUGCCGGGUCAGGGUUUGUUCAUGUGUCCUCACGGCAGGAGCCGGGGCAGGAGCACGAACUCAUCUCAACGGCGCCCACUCCCCCGGGAGCUGCCAGGCCCCGAGCGCUGUCCCAGUCCCGAGGGAAGGGUCAUCCCUUCGGCACCACCAUGGCCGGGAUUGCCGGAGCCGAGAGCAGCUGCCGGCGCCGUCCCUCUCCUCCAGUGGGAAGAGGCACUGGACUGGCUGGCGGAGCAGAUCUGAGCGGCUGCAGCCACAGCUGCGCCGAGGAUGGGGCCAGCAGCGGGGACCUGGCACAGCCCACGCACAGCUAUACCCGGGAGGACAAGCACAGCCCUCGGGGACACAGGGAUCUCGGACUACGAGCACCGCACAGACCACAGGAUGGAUGGACAGACAGAUGGACAGGGCUCUCCAGCCUGCACGGCACUCACAGUUUAUUUCUGCCUAGCUAGGGGCCGUGCUGCCGGGCGGCUCGGGGCGGCCGCGCUCAGGUGCUCUCCUCCCCGGGCUGCGGACAGUCCAGCCAGUACUGGGCGAUGGAGCGCGGGUAGCGGGGCUGCACCAGGUCCACGCGCUUGGUGCGCAGGUUGACGCGGUAGUACUUGUC